GGAAGUGCCAAUGAGACACGUGAUAGGGUGGGGCAGGGCAAAGCUCGCGAGAUCUCAUGACUUCUACACCGCUUCUCGCAUGUGGCUCCGCUACAACAGAACAAAAAAAGGAACCUGACUAUCCAGUACCCCAGAGGACUUCCUCACUUGUCCACCAAACCUUAAUCUGACCACCCCCUCUGACCAUUGCUACACUGUUCCUGUUCUGCUGACCAGCUUGUACAGUUUUGCCAGGCAUCCUUCACAAUGUUUGUUAACGGAGCUUCUGAGCACAUUGCUGAAUAUAUCCCAGAAAAAGUGAAGAAAGCAGAAAAGAAACUAGAAAAUAAUUCAUAUGACCUUACUGCUUGGAGCAUUCUGAUUAGAGAGGCACAGAGUCAAUCUGUAGAAAAAGCACGGAAGACACUUGAACGUCUUGUUGCUCAAUUCCCCAGUUCUGGCAGAUUCUGGAAACUGUACAUUGAAGCAGAGAUUAAAACUAAAAAUUUUGACAAGGCUGAAAAGUUAUUUCAGAGAUGCCUCAUAAAAGUUUUACAUAUUGACUUGUGGAAGUGUUAUCUGACUUAUAUCAGAGAAACCAAGGCAAGACUUCCCAGUUUCAAAGAAAAAAUGGCACAAGCAUAUGACUUUACUUUGGAUAAAAUUGGAAUGGAGAUUAUGUCUCAUCAAAUUUGGAUGGAUUACAUCAAUUUCUUGAAAGGGGUAGAAGCUAUUGGAUCUUAUGCAGAAAAUCAAAGAAUAACAGCUGUCCGAAGAGUUUAUCAACGUGGUUGUGUUAAUCCAAUGAUCAAUAUUGAGCAACUUUGGAAGGACUAUAAUAAAUAUGAAGAGGGCAUCAACAUACAUAUAGCUAAAAAAAUGAUUGAUGAUAGAAGCAGAGAUUACAUGAAUGCAAGACGUGUGGCAAAGGAGUAUGAAACAGUCGUGAAAGGUUUAGACCGCAAUGCUCCUUCAGUACCUCCACAGAAUACUCCCCAAGAAGCUCAGCAAGUAGACAUGUGGAAGAAAUACAUCCAGUGGGAAAAGAACAAUCCUCUCCGAACAGAAGAUCACACGCUCAUAACAAAAAGAGUGAUAUUUGCAUAUGAGCAGUGCCUGCUUGUGCUGGGUCAUCACCCAGAUAUUUGGCACGAAGCUGCGCAGUACCUGGAGCAAUCCAGUAAGCUGUUGGCUGAGAAAGGGGACAUGAACAAUUCCAAAUUAUUUAGCAAUGAAGCCGCUAAUAUAUAUGAAAGAGCUAUCAGCUCUUUACUGAAGAAAAAUAUGCUGCUUUAUUUUGCAUAUGCAGAUUAUGAAGAAAGUCGAAUGAAAUACGAGAAGGUACAUAGCAUAUAUAAUAGAUUUCUAGUUAUUGAAGAUAUUGAUCCUACUCUGGUUUAUAUCCAAUAUAUGAAAUUUGCAAGGCGAGCAGAAGGCAUCAAAGCUGGAAGGAUGGUAUUUAAAAGAGCGAGAGGAGACACUAGAGCACGCUACCAUAUCUAUGUUGCAGCAGCAUUAACGGAGUACUACUGUAGUAAAGAUAAAAUAGUGGCCUUUAAGAUUUUUGAGCUGGGGUUAAAAAAAUAUGGGAACAUUCCAGAAUAUGUAUUAGCCUAUAUUGACUACCUCUCUCACCUUAAUGAGGACAAUAAUACACGAGUUUUGUUUGAACGAGUAUUAACAUCUGGAGUCCUUCCACCUGACAAAUCUGGAGAAAUCUGGGCCAGAUAUCUAGCUUUUGAAAGUAGCUUUGGUGAUCUAGUCAGUAUCCUGAAAGUGGAGAAGAGACUGUUCACAGCGUUCAAGGAAGAAUAUGAAUUCAAGGAAACAGCGUUACGGGUUGAUAGAUAUAAGUUCCUGGAUUUGUAUCCCUGCCGUGCAAGUGAAUUAAAGGCUUUUGGCUAUAAAGAUGUUUCUCGGACCAAGCUAGGAAUCAUCAUUCCUGACCCCAUGGUAACUCCUUCUGUAGUGUCUGUUCUUAAAAAUGAAGAGGAUAGAAAACCGAAAUACCCCAGACCAGACGUCCGGCAGAUGAUACCCUUUCAGCCAAGGCAUUUUGCAUCCCCAGGCUUACACCCUGUGUCUGGUGGAGUGUUUCCGGUGCCACCUGCUGCUGUACUUUUAAUGAAACUCCUCCCUCCUCCAGUCUGUUUCCAGGGUCCUUUUGUGCAAGUAGAUGAAUUGAUGGAAAUUUUCCGAAGAUGUGAGAUCCCGAGCACUCUUGAUGAAGCUGUGAAAAUCAUCACUGGAAGAGUACCAUACCGGGCCAGGGACCGAAACAGUUUUCUGGAAAGCAGUAGCACAGUGAAAAGAGUAGCCAAACGACCCAAUGAAGAUAUGAAUGAGGAAGGAGGAAAACACAAAGCAAGGCCACCUGUCCACGACAUUUACAGAGCCCGACAACAGAAGAGAAUCCGAUGAGUUAAAAGCAGAAUUCUGCUGCUAAAGAUAGACUUGUAUCCAGAGGUCCUUUUUGCCUCUUCAAUCCUUUGUUUAAAACAGACAGUACAUUGUCAUAAGCAUCUUGACAACAGUUAUGUUGUCACUGGUGCCUCCUAUCAAAUGGUUCUCAGUGAAAAAUUUAAAAGCCAACUAGAAGGAUGGGUCUUAAAAUCUUGGGAAGAUUUGUGCUUUGAGCAAAAUUAGGUUUUCAAAAAUGGGGAAAUAGUUUAAAAUGUUUGAAUAUUUUGUUCCUUCUUCAAGUGUAUCUAGAUAAGUCAGUUGAAGUUUUGUUGGUCUUCAGUGGUUUUAUUUUAAAAGUUGGAUUGGGAGGUGGGGCUGGUAAAGCUAGGUGGCUCAGUGCAUUGAGAGCCAGGUCUAGAGAUGGGAGGUCCUGGGUUCAAAAGCGGCCUAACUGGCUGUGACCUUUGGCAAGUCAUUUAACCCCAUUGCCUAGCCUUUAUAGCUCUCCUGCCUUGGAACCAAUACUUAGUAGGAAUUGUAAGACAGAACAUAAGGAUUUUAAAAAAUUGGAAAGCCUAGCUUAUGGUUAACAUUUUAACUUACUUCUUUAGAAGUUUCCCUCUUUGCUCACAUAAAGCUUUGCCUAUUGCUUGUUUUUAUUGAUGAUAGAAUGUAUAAAAUUUGUUUUGUGGUUUUAAAUAAAAAAGCAGUUCUUUUAACAAUAAAAGGGAUAGAAGAAAAAAUGAGGGGGGUAGCUAGGUAGGACAAUGAAUAAAGUACCAGACUAGAGAUGAGAGGUCCUGGUUUCAAAUAUGGCCUCAGACACUUCCUAGCUGUGUGACCUUGGACCAGUCACUUUACCUUCACUGCUUACCACACUUCUGCCUUGAAAUAGUACACAGUACUGAUUCUAAGACAGAAUGUAAGGGUUUUUUUUAUUUAGAUGACUUAAGAUUGUGAAACAUUCUAAUUCAUUUGUUCUGGAAGUUACCUUCAGGUCAUAUAAAGUUGUGCCUUAUUGCUUGUUUUUAUUCAUGACAGAAUAUACAGAAUCUGUUUUGUGGUUUUAAAAAGAAAAAAAAGAAAAGAGAAAGGGGGAAAAAAAGGUAGAGCAGCUAGGUAGCACAAUGGAUAAAGUGCCAGGCCUGGAGUUGGAAGAAUCUGGGUUCAAAUGUGGCCUCAGAUACUUCCUAGCAGUGUGACCCUGGGCAAGUCACUUAGCCUCCAUUGCUUAGCUUUUGUAGCUCUUCUGUCUUAAAACCAAUAUAAAGGGUUGAUUCUUAGGCAGAAUGCAAGGGUUUAAAAAAUGCAAAAAAAGAAUCUCCACUAAAAAAAAGAAGGAUUUUGUGUCAUAGAGUGUCUCCUAAGUUUUGCUUGAUUCGUUUUUGAAAAGACUCAGGGUUUUCUUGAAAUGAGUAGUGAAAUGGAGACCCAAAAGGAUCCCUCUCACAGCUGGGUCUCAGUUCUGAAAGGGUAAAACAUUCUUAACUCUUCCUGUAUGCUCUUAGUUUAGCAGCUCAACCUUGAGGACUUUGUCUAGCAAGCUUUGAGCCAUUUCUUCUUUAACCUGAUCCAAAGGGCUGGGUGUUAGCAUUUACAAAAAGGAAAAAGAAACUAACUGUAAACUCUUGGGGACAGGCACUAUGCUUUUUGUUCUGGAUUCUCUCUUCCUAUUGUCCACUUCUGGAAACCCUUCCAGAAUAAUGAAAUGAGGAGGAUCUUGCCUGCGUAUGUUUAGUGUCUAGAGUUUUAACUAACUUUUCAAAAGAAAAUACAGUAAUAGUAACUCCAGGGCAAUACAUAUACUUUCAGUAAAGUACACUACUGUGUUUUUACUAUUUGGAAAUCCAACCACAAGUCACUGGAAAGAAAAGAGAAUUAGACCACUUAAUAUUGUACUUCUUACCUCAUACCUCAAACUCCACUUGGAUUUUAAGACUGUGGAAUAAUUAAGAUGGAAAAAUUUGUUCCUUUGAGAUCUAAUGGACUAUAUUAUAGAUACCAAAGCUCUUGAAUAGAGAGCUAUUUGUACAUAUCAUUUCAGUCAUUUUGUUAAAAAGAACAAUAAGAAAAAAUCUCACAUCCCACUUAAAUUUGUCUUUAAUAACUAAUCAGCCAGUGAGGGCACCUAACAAUUAUAGAUAGCAAAAGAAAAGGGAGAACCAGUAAAUAAUAAAUCUUUUUGAUUAAAAAAGCCCUAACACCAGCCCCCCAAAAUUGUGCUCCACCUUGACCAAUUUGCUAUUCCCCAGGCCCAACCUUCCUUCCCUGUUAAAUUGUCAGAUUGGUUAUUGGCACCUUAAAGAAACUACAGCAUUUUAUUAACUGACAGUUAAAGGUGUAUGCAUGUAUAGAUCUGCUCCUCAACUGGUGAUAUUAAUUCAGUUAUCCAGAAAGAAGAAAGAAUUGUAUGAAAUUUAAGGUUCAUUGUAUGACUAUUUUAGUGCUUCAAUGCUCUAAUAAAAUUUGAAUCUCUUUGGAAUACUUUGCUCUCGAGUGGAAAUUAUUUAUUCUUCCAUCCAGAAAAAGUACAUUUCAGUUAUAAAUGUCACAACCCAGUUAUGUGAGAAAACUGGUGGAUACAUCUUCAAAAAUU